UACUGGGGGUGAAUGGGAAGGAAGAAGAGUUCUUGUUUUGUAUGUCAGUUUCUGUCUUUUUUUUAAAAUACAUUUUUGGUCAAAAACCAACCGAACAAACCGAAGAUUCCUUCUAAUACACUGCACAAAACUUUAGGGCGCUAAAGCGAAUCAUUUCAUCCUCGGGAUAGGAUUUUGGUGGUGAAAUGCCCGGCUGUUUGUAAAUAUAUAUUUAAAUAAUUGGUGAGUGUGUGUAAGUGUAUGAAGAUCGGGAUUUGACUGCUGGAGGAGUGUGUACAAGGGCAGCUGUGUUGCGUUUUGGGAAGAAGGGAUCGAUGAUGGAAUUGCAAAAUUUACAGGAAGCACUCAAAGUGGAAAUCCAGAUCCAUCAGAAACUCAUCACCCAGAUGAAGCAAGAUCCACAGAAUGCUGAUCUGAAGCUGCAGCUCCGUGACCUGCAGACCAAGAUCACAGCGCUGAGUGAGCGGCAGAAAAAGGUGGUAGAGCAGUUAAGGAGAGAUCUACUGGUGAAACAGGAAGAUAUGAAGCUGCAUACGCUACAAGCCGACGGGCAAACGUCUACCCUGCUCAUCACACAGGCUCAUCACACUCUGCCUGCUGCCAGCCUUACCACUUCACAGAACUCUGUGGCUCCUGUCAUUGCUUCAAAGACUCUACCUCUGGUGCUGAGAGCUGCCACACCCACCUCACCUAUCAUCAUGACACCAGCACCCACUAUCACCGUGGUUACAACCCUCAGCAACACUCUCCUAGCGAGCCCUCCUAACUCGGAUCCUCAAAACUCACCAGUAAACUUCCAACCUGUCAUCCAAGCGACCAAUCAGGGAGCAGAGCCAGUACGAGCCAUACCCAAUAGCUCUGUUCUUGUUCAAGCUGCCUCCCAACCAAUCAAAGUUCCUCAGUUUGUUCCACCCACCAGACAGACAACUCGGCCAGCCACUCUACUGCAGGUCAGGCCCAAACCUCCAACCUCUCUAUCUCCAGCUGCUGGUCAGGUGUCUGUACAGACCCUGCAGUCACCAGUGUUACUGAGCACUGCCCUCCCUUCCUCUGGUCACAUCCAGCAGAUGCGUAUCCUUAAUGGCCUGCCCUGCCCCAACAUCUCAAACAGCACAGGCAUUCUGAUCUCUCCCUCUACACACACACAACCAUCUGCCCAGACACACAUGCAGAAGUUACCUUACAACAGCCCAAGCUCUGACAACAUGACAUCUGUUGUGGAAUAUGGGACAGAGCCAAAGACUUCAUUGCUCAUCUCUCCAGAUACACAUACGCACACUUCACCUCCACUGUCCUUAGAUACACAAUCCUCACCUGCCCCCACAAACACACACACACCUUCUUCCAAACAUCAGGAGAGCCCACGGAAACUGGCCUUCAUGUUGUCUCUGGGACUGGUCACACGUGACUAUUUUGAAGAGAUUAAGAGCAGGCGUCAGGAGCGUAAGAGAAGAACAACAGCAAAUCCAAUAUAUAGUGGAGCCAUGUUCGAACCAGAGCGCAAGAAGUGCUCAGUGUCAUAUUUGAGUUCCAUUAACCAGUCUAGCAGGAAGAGAACCAAUGAGGACAGCUUGUCAGAGAUUCUGCAGAAGGAAGAUUCUAUUGAGUGGCCAGGGACACUCGCUAUUGUCCAUUCUUACAUCUCUUAUAAAGCAGCGAAAGAAGAAGAGAAAGAUCGUCUGAGGAGAUGGAGCACAGAGCUGCGGCAUGAGAGAGAGACACUGGAGCAGAAAGUCGGACAGCUCAGCCACUCUAUAACGAGAUGUAUGGACAGCAAAAACGGCGUGAUGGCCCAACAGAGGGAGAUGGAGGUUUCACUGGAGAAAAUUAGAAGGCUGGUCCAUCUGAUCAGAGGGAUCCAGUUGUCCCCCCUCCCUUACCAGGCGCUCAUCUCUCCUGUAGGCAUGGCCAAUGGAGAUAUGUCCCACAGUGGAGCUUCCAAACCCAGCAGCUCCUGUGCAGUCACUACAGACACAAACAAUAACACGAAUAACGGGACACGCUCCUCUGAAGCUAUGGUGAUAAUUAGCACUCUUUCAAACAUAAACGAUCCCUUCAAACAAAUCGCCACAAAUAAUAACACAAUUAAGACCGAUGCUACAAACGCAAAGAGCAACACUAGCAGUGAGGGCACUGAAGAGAGCACACAUAUAAAAAGCAUGUCCAGAAUCAGGAGUGAACCCACUAAUGCAAACAGCAUAGCCUUCAGCAAUAACAGCAGCAACCAGGGGGUUCCCAGUACCAAUGGAGCAGUGUCCGCAGGGGAGGAAAAUAUAAAGAAACAUAGAAACAACAACAGUGACCUCAGCGUCAUCCCACAGCCCCUCCUCGGCCGAAUCGUACCCCUUACGGGAGUGACGGAGGGGGUAAAAUAGCAUCAGCUACCCCAUCACAGUUGGUGCCCAAAGUGUGCCAGUUAACAGUAUUGUUGUUUUGUGUUUUUGUUUCAUCUCUUAUAUCUUUGAGGGAAAGAAAAUCCAUAGUGCCAUUUACUACAUGCAGGAAGGAGGUUCCUAAAGUACCAGCAAUGUGUAUGCUAAUGUGUGCACACUGAAAUAUUUCUACAAAGAAUAAUGAUAUAGAAAAUAAAAGAGUAAUAAAAUCUAAAGAUAUCACACCAUUGUGUGCCUGAUACUGUUGCCAUAGCACCUCUGAAAGGGAAAGCUUCUGAAGGAUUGGAUGCAGGUCUUGUUCCUGCAGCCCUCUGGUAGUUGAGUAGCGCAGCUUCCUAUCAGGUCCUGUAGCUCUGAUCUAAGACAUAAGAUAUGGAGAUAUGAAGAGUUCAGUCAGUUUUGUCUGUGAAAUACAACCAAGGUGCAGUUGUUUUGUCUAGUUUUGAGUUAUUGUGUCUAAUUCUUGGGCAUCAGAGCGUAACGUGAAGCGCAAAACAGGUUAUCACACACUAACAGAAAUACAGGUCUUCCAGGCGUUCCGCUGGAGAAUUCACUGCUGUCAUUAGCAUUUGUCUAAUUCUUGGCUUCUUAAAAGCUGAAACAUUUCUGUAAAUAUGUUUUGGUAUUUUUACACACAUUAUUUAUAGUUUUUUUCUUACAAAAAUAUUCAUUAGUUCUGUUCUGCCAAAUUUUUAAUGCCACAGGGAACUGUUAUUUUAUGUUAUUCUUAUAACAUUAAAUAGAUAUUUAAGAGUAGUAGAAUAGUAUUUGUAGUGUCGGUCCUGAAGUGUUUGUGAGGUCAAUUAUAACCAUGCCUUAUCUACUAAACAGUGGUGAUUUAAUGAGAGUGCAGUUCCGUCUAAGUCACGGAUGAUUUUUAACAGAAGGGAUGAUGAUUUGAGAUUUGCUGAUCUCACAUCAUUCGUGGUCCAUGGAAGUCCAUAUCCACAUCGAGAGGACUUUUUAUCACCAGAGUGUAGCAGAGGUUUCAUGCCUUGUUCAAGAACUUUGAUUCCUUAAAACGAUGAAAAAUAUGAAGUUUCUUUUUAGACUUGCACACAUGCCGUCAAAAAAAAAAAAAAAAAAAAAAAAAUCCCAUAAAACCAGUGUGCCAGUAAUGUUAUGCUUAUGGGCCAAAAUAAGGGCUUCUGUUCUGUAUCAUUUCAGUGUCGUCUUACUAGGUGGUAACACUGUUCUGUAAACCUACCCUAAAGCACAACACAAUGGGGCAUAAGUGCUAUGCCUAGGGCCACAAGUUUACCAUUGUCUCCACCACUAAGGGGCUUCUGUUAUCAUAACAUUAUUAUUUAUAUUUUGCAUUACUCUAACCAUAUCAGAGCUCUUGAUGCUCUCUCACCACUGUAUUUCAGACAGUGUGUAACAAGCACAGACUUAACACACCAGACCAUCUCUAACAUAAAUGGCUGCCUCAGAAACAGCCAUGGUAGGUUGAAAACUGUAUCAUGUACCAAAAUGACACUUCUAUUGUGAAAGCACACGAAAUAGUCCAGAAACCCAGUGGUGUCAAACACACUGGGGAUGCAUUACUGUUGAUAGAAGACAGAAUUAUAUACAGUGUUUAUAUCUUCAUUUCAGGUUUGUGAGUUGUGUACAUGUACGUGUUCUCAAUGCUGAACAUGCAGUUCUAGCCUGCAGUAGCCUCUGUGUAUUGGUUGCCUUAAGUUCUAUAGAAUAUGUUAGGCUGUUUCAUUUUAGUGUUAUGACUUGUCAGUGUCUUAGAACCAGUUGUCAGCACAAUGAGGGAGUUUUUUCCCCUUUAGGAAUUAGAACCUACUUUGUUAUCUGAUCAUUCUGGUUGUGGAUGUGAGGACAGUGCCUGCACUGCCACUAGUGAAUCUAACCACUACACAUAACUACAUAAGAACUCUUAAGUGCUCACCUCUUAUAACAAAACACAAAACAAAUUGGUAUAUUAAUUUACCUUUUUUUUUAAAAAUAUAUAUAUAUAUAUAUAUAUAUAUAUAUAUAUAUAUAUAUAUAUAAUAUAAAAGAAGAAUUUAUUUUUAGUUAAAUGAUUCUAUCCCAGCCUGAUUAUCUGGGCAUCUGCCCCUCAGUUUACGUUGCAUCAGAAUUUUCAAAUGCACUUUCAAAAGGAUACGAUAUUUCAAUAGAAUUACAGAAUUAUUCACACAUUCAUCUGAUAAAAACUUUUUACAUUUCUAUCACACUUGUGGAAAUUCCAAAGCAACAUCUAGAGAAGUAUUUCUUGUUUAGUGGUAUUCUGGUUAUCUAGUGCAUUAAAAAGAAAGAGCCCUUUCAAAAAUGCUCAUCAGCUGUGACAUUUGCAAAUGUCAUCUCCCGUUCUCCUAGGGCCAAGAAUCCUAAGGCCAGAUGUGGCUAAUAGGACUGACAGUGGUUCAGUGACAGAUGUUCUCUGUGUGUGAAAUCUGAUUUCUCAGAUGUUAUAGUGUUUACUGAGAGCUCAGGCUUUUGUUCAUGUUGUCAAGAUAAGCAUGAUAAGGCUAAUGAUCAACAUCAUGCUGUUACCUCAUUCAGGUUGAUAAACCCCUAAAAUCAAGGAUAAAUUGUGUGUUCUAAACUAUAAAUUAAGAACACAAUUUACAUGAAUUUGUUGUAAAAAAGUGUCUAGAUUCUUUCAUAAUAGUUUUUUAAAAGGAUGUGUAUUGCUCUUUUGUUCUGUUCACUGUUUUACACUUUGUUUGUUUUAUUUGUUGAUCUUGUGUGUUGCCUGAUAUCUGUUUACCUUUUCUCAUAGAAUCUAUGUGUAAGUUAUUUGAAUAUAUAACUUCAUGAAUUUCAUUCUGUUGAGGAGGUUGGAUAAUACUGGAGCAUUUGAUCAAUUUGUAUUUAUUUAUUUUUACCAUUUUUGCUAAAUAAAAUUGUAAAUUGUUU